AUGACAAGGUUUGAUGGAUGGUCCAUCUGAUUGCACCUCUUAUUCUCUUUCAGGUCUACUCACUUUCUAUUACUCCAUGUUUUUGCGAGUUGCUUUGCUGCCACAUGGGUCAAAAUCACUGUGAGUUUUUUUCAAUAUUCAGUUCGUACAAACCAACAGACUCUUCAGAAGCCUACGGUAACUUGGGAAGAGAUGGAAGUGUCCCCGGACGGCGAAAGAAAGUUCUUCUGCGGCGAGUUCGACGCCUCCUUCACAGGCCGUUAUCACUGGAGAUUCAACGGCUCCUCGAUUCUUCCGGAACGCACUCAAAUCCAUCGGAACCAGUUUGUGUUAGUUUUCUGCUUGCAUUCAUUUCCGUUCAUUUGUCAUUCGCCCAAAAUGCCCUUGACUCGAGGGACAGUCAGUCGUUUUGUUGCUUUUACGGUCAGCCGGAAUACCGAUUUAUUGCGGCCAAUUUGGCCGGGGAAGGGAAAAGAGAAAGAGGAGAUGGUCCAUCUGGCAUCGGAGCAUGAAUAAUCAAGAGUUUGCAGGUUCCUUUCGGGAUCCAAUGCAAUACGCAACCAACUGGAGGGAGAAUACGAGUGCUGUGUGCGAGAGACUUUGGGAAAUGCGUGCUACUCUCGGAUGAUUGUCGUGCAGAGUGAGAUCAGGUUACGGUAGAGCUAUAAUUAUAAGGGAUUCGAUUGCAGACCGAACUGACAAUCAUAACAUUGACAUGUCCAAUUCAACCCUUCUGCUGGCGGAAGAAGGCAACACCUACUAUAUCAGGUAUCACUGUUUCUGUUUCCAAAUGACAUUCGUUGUUUCUUCUUCAGAAUGCACGACGUAAAGAGGGUCGAAGGGGUGAAGUGCACCCUCGAUGGUGUGAAUGUGGAGAACUUCAAGUACCCGGUAAUCAUUUCCUUCUGCAAACACGUGUUUCCAUUUCUUCUUUCAGUUUUUGGGACGGCACACCAAGAAGAGCGUGCCUUAUCAUUUGAAAAUUGAGAAUCUGGAAAGAGGCGGCGAGGUGAAGUGUGAUCUGCGACUUCAGAAGAAAGAAGUGGUUGAGAAGACGUUCGACGUUCGAUUGCUCGGAGGAUUCGCUUCCAUUUCAAAUACUCCCUUCUUCUUCAUUUCUCCAAUUAUUUGUGUGAUUCUCGGUAUUGUAAUCAGGUUGUAA